GAUCGGACUAGGCUCUAAAACAGUAUUUAAUCGAACUGGGGUUCUAUUUAAUAUGGUUUCACCAUAAUACGAAUUUCAGGACUAUUUUAGGCGAUGUUCAAUAUUUAAAUCUAAAUGUAUAGGUUCAUGUUAUCAUUACCACUGAGCUGAGUCUCAUCUGUAAGAUGCCCUCCUCUUUAUUUUUUUCUUCUAAACAGGACAGAAUUAGCUAUCAUAAUAUCCUCGUUAUGCAGAUCAUCCCACCAAGGUGCUUGCUGACAGCGAAGGACUUCCUCUCAAAGCUGUUUAAAUGAGAAUGUCCCUGGCACAAAGAGUGCUGCUGACAUGGCUUUUUACAUUACUCUUCCUGAUCAUGCUGGUGCUGAAGUUGGAUGAGAAAGCACCGUGGAACUGGUUCCUUAUUUUUAUUCCAGUGUGGAUAUUUGAUACAAUUCUUCUAGUUAUGUUAAUUGUAAAAAUGGCUGGACGGUGCAAGUCUGGCUUUGACCCUCGCAAUGGCUCCCAGAACAUGAAGAAGAAAGUCUGGUACCUGAUUGCAAUGCUGCUGAAAUUGGCCUUCUGCCUCGCCCUGUGUGCAAAGCUGCAGCGAUUCACCACCAUGAAACUGGCCUACGUGUUCAUCCCACUCUGGGCCUUGCUGAUUGGGGGCAUGGUUGAACUCGGGUAUAAUAUCUUCUAUGUAAGAAGAGACUAAGCUAUGCCAGGUGGUUUCCAGUGCCAGGAUUGGCACCAAAUUACCAGAUUAUUACCAUUUUGCCACAG